AUUCUAAAGAGAGAAACAUAUACUUUUAGAGAGAGAGAGAGAGUAUAGUCAUGAGGACAACCAAUCAUCUAAUCGGUAUGUUGAACUUCCUCACUUUCUUGCUAUCGAUUCCGAUUCUUGGCGGCGGAAUAUGGCUGAGCACGCGCGCAAACAACACCGACUGCAUGAGGUUUCUCCAAUGGCCGGUGAUCGUUAUCGGAGUGGCAAUCAUGAUAGUUUCAAUAGCCGGGUUUGCGGGCGCGUGUUACCGGAACACUCUCCUAAUGUACCUAUACCUUUGGGUCAUGUUUCUCAUCAUUGUUGUGCUAAUCGGGUUUGUGAUAUUUGCCUAUGUGGUAACGGACAAAGGGUCGGGUCGGUCCGUCCCAAACCGGGCUUACAAGGACUAUUAUUUACCCGACUAUUCGGGUUGGUUGAAGGAUCGGGUCGCGAGUGAUGAAUAUUGGAGGAAGAUAAGUUCUUGCAUCCGUGAUUCGGGUGCUUGUAGCAACUCGGGUCGGGUCGUUGGUGGGUAUCCGGAGUCGGCUGAGAUGUAUUACUUGCGGAAGCUUAGUUCUAUUGAGUCAGGAUGUUGCAAGCCGCCAUCAGAAUGUGGGUUCACGUAUGUGAACGAAACCACAUGGAACCCGGUUAGUUCCGGUAUGAUGGUGAACAACCGUGACUGCAUCAGAUGGAGCAACGACCAAGAACAACGGUGCUACAACUGUAACUCAUGCAAGGCCGGAGUGCUAGCUAGUUUAAGGAAGAGUUGGAGAAAGGUUUCGGUUAUCAACAUUGUUGUUCUCAUCAUCCUAAUAAUUGUCUAUGUUGUUGCUUGUGCGGCUUUUAGAAACAACAGGAGGAUGGAUAACCAUGAACAAUACGGAGAGACCCGUAUGGAGAAAUCUCGGCCCAGUUGGAUACGGUUUUAAUCACACCAAGUGGAAUACUGUAACUAUGAGGUGGUGGUCUAUUGGCAAAGGCAGAGCUUUAAACACCUUAGAAAGGGAGGUCUUGGGUUCAAGUCCAACAGACGACAGGAAUAAAAGAAAUUCGCCGUUCAAAAAAAAAAGUGGAAUACUGUAAUCAUUUUCUUUGCUCGGGUUUUGGUUUUGGUUUGCGAAAGCGGCGGUGUUUGGGAUGGUUAAGAGUCGGAACACAAAACGUACAUAUGAUACGUAUAUUGUUUGGAUAUUUCUUUGUAAUGUUUCAUGCUUGUCUGAAAUUUAAAGUCUAUUUAAAAGAUUUUGUAGAUUUUGUGAAGUAACAGUCAUAAAAAAUGCCAGAUUUUAGAAGAAA